AUGUCUCAUUCUGCUGCACCGCUCGGUGCCAUGGCCUUUGGGGGCAUACAAUCGGAUAUUGGGGGUGGUGAGGAUGGGACGUUUGACCCUGAUGCGUCGUGGUUUGGACCAGAGCCUGCCAUGGAUUGGCGUGGCUUUGAUAUCUCCCUCGCACACAGUCAUUCUGCCGGGACGGAAACAGACGGACCGGGAUCCAUAUGGACAGAACGAACGUGGACGAAUGGCGCGGGUGCGGCAGACGAUAUGAAUGCACCGGCUAUGGGUGACUGGACCAGCAUGCCAGAUAGUCUCGUGUAA